AUCGGAACGAUAUAUCGUCGUCGUGAAACCUUUGAAAUACUUAACUUUUAUGAAGCGCCACCUAGUCAAUCAAAUGGUUCUUAUAUCUUGGGGAAUCCAUUUUCUUUUCAAUCUUAUAGUAUUGUCAAGAAACUCAAUUCAGUCCAUCGUAUCAGCGGCUAUUUGCAUUUGUUUUUUGAGGUAAGCUUGUGCGUAAUUUUAUUAUUUUACCUUUCGUCUAUGCUUCUUGUCGUUCUCAAGCAAAAAUCCAAAGAUAACAUUUUAGCUAAGCAAUCGCGCUUUAAUCAAAUGGUCGCUGAGUAUAAAGUUAAAACUCAGAACUCGUCCGCGGUAAAAUGGGUCGCUUUGGUAAUGAUUGUAUUUCUAUCGUGUUACGGAAUAAUCAUGCGCUGCAGUUUGUUAGUUUUGACAGGUCAUCCAUGUAAUUAUUUUCAUUAUAAAGGAACUUUACAAGCAAUUAACUCUGGAAUAAACCCUUUAGCUUACGCUUGCUUCAAAAGGGACAUAAAACAAGAAUGUAAAAGGUUUCUCUGUAGAAGACGUCGUUGAUUUACUACAGAGCUGUUCAUGCGCAAGAAAAUGUUUAUGUGUAAACGUAACUCUUCCCUUAGCUUCCGAGCCUGGAUCCUAAGGUCAUCCGGUUCAGGAUCUGCGUUGUAUUAAUUCUUAUCUCGAUUGAUGUUGAAACGAAAGACUUCCAAUGAAACAAGGAUAACUCAUUUUUCUUGUGUAAGAGUCAGCUGUUCUGCGGCCUUUUUGUAAUAGCGAUGGAUUCUUCAAAAAAACCUACGCAUUUUGCAAUAGCGGUUACGGAAUUUUGUGAUAACUUAGGCAUUUCUUUUGUCUUCUAACGAGCGUGGGACAAUGAAAAAAUUCUGAGUCCUCACGAGGAAUUGAAACUCAGAACUUCGGCCUCCGCGCUCCAAUGCUCCAGCACUGAGCCACAGAGACUCCACGGUGAGAGAGGUCUCUUACGAAGUUCACAUGACACGCGUCCUCCUUACCUCUGGGAUCAGCAAUGUCGAUAGCGUAACUUUGUAGAUCUCUCUUAUUCUAUCCACAAAGUUAGGCAUUUUAUAUUAUACAUUUAGGUACUAUGGUAUUACGGUUAUGCAUGCAACUUUUUCAAAGCCUGAUGGUAAACAUAGCGGGGUAACUCAAGUUUGCAGUCUGAGAUGUGACUGGUGAGACAUUUUCUUUGAAAAAGAGGAGCAAAAAUGGAUUUGUGAUGUGUUCUCCGCAUGCAAAUGACUCGGUACUAUAACACUUUUCUAAUUCAUAAGCCCAAAUAUGAAUUUUCACGAUUAGUACAUUUAGUAACCCUCUUUCCUCUGACAAAGAAAACAACUGAUUUGGUUUCUUGGAUGGCUCCUAACGUAUAGAAAGUUAUGUGUAAGUUGGUCGAUGAAAAUUUAAAUUAAAAGCAUGUCAAUGCCAUGACAUCAAUCGCUUAACACAGGAUAAAAGCGAGAGAUUUCGGCCAAAACUCACUGAAAAAUAAUUUUGGUAUCAUGUUUUUGUGAUGGAAGAUAUCUGUUUUGCUACCAUUUAAAAAAAAAAGUAGGUUAACUUUCAUCAUUUUCAGACUUUAUUCUACACCAUUAUGCAAAACUAAUAAUGUGCCAUAAUUUUCGAGAAAUAGCACACGUUGAAUGGUCAUUACAUUACAUUCUGAUUGGCCUAUGCUUCUCCGUCUGUCAAAGUGUCUAAAAUAUUUGUUUAAAGAAUGAUUGAUGUCUGCCGCUUUAAACGUGACUUUACAUAACAAUGGCUAUUGACGUAACUAACGUUUACACAAAGUGUAGCCCGAUGAGACCAGAUGGUUGUAUAAAACACAUAUGCACACAAUUUUUCCUUUGUAUAACAUUUGAAAACUCUCCCUGCUCUAAAAAAUUAAAGCAAUUGUAAAAUCCUAGACAGCCAUUCUUAAAAAAAAAAAUUAAUUAAAAAAAAAAUAAAUGAAUGGUUCCUUUGCAUCCUAAAGAUGGCUGAAAAUGGGUUUGUCAUCUUCCUCGCCUGCAGUAAACGUCAGCUUCACACCAAAACCAACACAUUAUCGUGUCUUUAGCAGUGGCUGA